AUGUAUGACUCUACACAUGUAGAUGUGAAAAAAUUACAAUGGGAUUUCUUAAAGGAACUCAGUGAUAAUGUUUUUCAACCUUGGAUUGUGUUCGGUGAUCGUAAUGUUCAUAUGUCUAACAAGGUUCAUAAAGCAAGCAACUCUUCAAAUGAUAAUAUGAUAAGACAAGUGAUAGAUUCAGCAGGUCUGAUGGAUUUAGGUUUCAUAGGUCACAAUUAUACAUGGUCAAAUAUGUCUAAUGGAAGAGGUUAUAAAAGAGGUAGAAUUGAUUUAGCUCUUCAUAAUGCUUUAUGGAAACUGCAUUACCCAUAUUCUAAAUUAUAUCACCUUUCAUUUAGAGCUUCAGAUCAUUGUACAAUUCUUCUCCUCACAGAAGCAGAAAGCCAUCGACCUUUUAGAUAUUGGAAAUUCUACAAAUGCUGGUUAAGAGACUCAAAAUGCUUAGAACUUAUUAAUACUUCUUCGCAUGAUUUAGAAAUUAACAGCAAUUUCACGGAAAAAUUAAAUAAUACAAGAAAAGUUAUGGCUAAGUGGAAUAGAGAGGAUUUUGGACAUAUUAAUAAACGCAUUAAAUAUCUUAAGGAACUCCUCUCUAAUUUGAAGUCUCUUCCUUACAGUAAUUCUAAUAGUAAUAAAAUUCAAACAGUUAUUGAUCAUAUAUCUUACUGGGAAAAAAUAGAGGCUGAAUUCUGGCAGCAGAAAGCAGGUGAUAAUUGGAUUAAAGAUGCCGAUAAUAACACAGCAUACUUUCAUUCCAGAGCUAAUAGACGAAGAUCAAGAAAUAACAUCACUGCUCUUAGAGACUCCUCAGGUAGAUGGUUUCAUCAAAGGAAAGAUUUAGUGAAUUUGCUCACUGAUCACUUUUCUUCGAUUGCUACAACCACUAAUCCUCAAUUUCAAAGGUCUUCUUUUAAUUUUAUUAAGCAACUCAUUACUCCUGGGGAUAAUGAUCAUCUCUUAUUGGAGUGCACCGGUCACAGAUGGGUUCCCUAUGGACUUCUACUUAUCUCAAUGGGCUGUAGUGGGUGA